UUACUUCAAUUCGCAUCCUCCAGUGGAGUGGCUUUUGCAGUGUUGUGUAACCGGUGUUCUACCAUUUUUAUAUCGUUAUAUCAAUCAGAUGUGAGAGUUAAACAUUAUUACGUGAGUUCGAACAGGCUAUGCAUCCACCUAUUUCUGCCCGAAACACCAUCAAAUGAAUUCAAUCUUGAGGACAAUUCGACCAGCUGUCGUGCUCAGUGAUGCGACGUCGUUCCGUAGUUAUUCUCACAUCCCACGAACGGCAUCUAGUGACAACACGGUCCGUCCGUACCUACAUCCAGCAAGCAGACAGUUCGUCCCACUGAUCCCGAGCAACAAUCUGUUCUGGGAACGAGACCGCAAGGGUGGCUAUCAGAGCACCCAACCAAAAGUAUCCCGAUGGCAGAUGAUACGGGAUGGAAUGCGUGAAUUGAAACACGAAAUCAAUCUUUUCCACCAGGAGUGGAAGGAACGGAUAGCUUGCGAUGCGUUGGUCGUUUUUCGGCCAGGGGAAACCGAUGUCGUGUUCAAUUUCGAUUCGAAUGCUGAGCUGGAUAAGUGGAUUGUUACAACGGACAAGGACCACGGAGAGGGUUAUUCAGAGGCGCAGCUGGAGCUUAGUCCAGCCGGGUUUGGUUUGUUCCAUGGCAAGUUGGAAUCGCGGGUUCCCAAGGAUGGUCGAAUAAAACGGUCCGGAUAUGCGAAUAUUACUCGACAGCGGAUUAGGAAAUCUUUCAAACGUGACGCCUUUUAUGAAUGGGAACAGUACAACACGCUUGUGCUGAGAGUUCGGGGCGAUGGUCGCUCCUAUCUUAUUAAUCUCGCAUCCGAAGGUUACUACGACAUCCUGUGGAACGAUAUUUAUCAUUACGUACUCUACACUCGUGGUGGCCCGCACUGGCAAACGGCUCGAAUUCCGUUUUCGAAGUUUUUCAUGGCCUCGAAGGGACGCGUGCAAGAUAACCAAGCUGCGGUGCCACUGAACCGAAUCAGCAGUGUAGGUUUUUCAGUCGGAGCAAAAGGCGGCCACGAAGGUCAGUUUCGGCUGGAAUUCGACUACAUCGGAGUGGAGUACGAUCCGUCUCAUCGGGAGGAAUUUGCUUACGAAAUGUACAAACAGCAGAAAUAUAUUGUGGCUACCUAGAUGAAAUAAUAAGCUGAUAAAGUCUCUUAUCU